CAAUAACGGCGUUUUUAAUAAAAACGCCGCAAAAAAAUCAUUUCGCUUAAAACAAAAAAGCAGUUUUAUCCCCAAAUUUCCAGCGGGGAAACCCCUAAUUUUUCCCCCUAAAAUGGUCCCUCCGUUGCUCUUUUCAAUCAAGAAACUCUCCAGCAGCAGUCUUGAUUUGGUUUCCAGUUAGACUCUGAGAUAGAAGAGAUGGCAGUGAACCAGACGGCGGCGUUGAAGGUGGGUCCACCUCUGUAUUGGCAUUUCAUGGAAGGAUUAGUAGCCUUCAGCCACACUUCCAACACUUGCCCACCUUGCCUUUGCGAUUGCUCUUCUCACAAUCCUUGAAGGAUGGUGACAUCUGCUAUGCCAUCUGCCAGAUUUUAUCGUGUUAUUUUGGUAUUUGUGUAUUCAUCAGAUCAAAGGGAAAAUUAAUUUGGUUUUGGAAUGAACUUACUUGGGUUGCAUUUGUAGAUGAUGGAACUUAUGCAAUGAAGAAAGUUCUCAUUCGGAAUAAUGAACAGUUAGAAUUGGUUCGGGAGGAGAUCCGUGUUUCAUCCUCGUUUAGUCACCGUAAUCUUCUUCCCCUUCUUGAUCAUGCUAUCAUUUCUGUUAAGCCUACACAAGAAGGAUCAUGGAAUCACGACGCAUAUCUACUAUUUCCCGUUCAUUUGGAUGGAACGUUACUGGACAAUUUCAAAGCUAUGAGUGCUAAAAAUGAUUUCUUUUCUACCUUGGAUGUUCUUCAAAUAUUUCUGCAGCUAUCGUUCAGAGGCACUACAGCUUCAGAGGAUGGAGAACUUUACAUGUGGGGGAAGAACUCAAGCGGGCAACUUGGCCUUCGAAAAAAUGGAGGUGAGGCUUUAAGUUGGGGAGCAGUUGCAUCUGGAAGACUUGGUCAUGGCCUUGAGUCGAGCAUUUUUGGUUUUUUAACAAGCAAUAGUGAAUAUACACCAAGGCUUAUAAAGAAAUUAGAGGGUAUCAGGGUCAAAAGAGUUGCAGCUGGCUUGUUGCAUUCAGCAUGCAUUGAUGGUAUUGCAAAAACUGGGUCUUUGUUUGUGUUUAGGGAUAAAGUGGUAGCUAAUCUUGGAUUUGGGGAGGCCAAGAAUGCAACCAUGCCAUUCAUGAUCAAUACAUUGCCAUAUUCAGAAGAAGUUGCAUGUGGUGGCUACCACACUUGUGUUGUAAUAAUGCUUGAAAAUUAAGUGCAAGUUGAUGUGAAUGACAAUGUCCUGGAGAUCAUAUGGGAAGAUAAUAAUUAAAACAUGGAGGUUAAAAGGAUGAUAAGGAGAAGGAAGAGUUGGACUUUAAGGGAAAAAAUGUGUCAAAUCUAGUGAGUCAGGUGACAGAGAUUCCGUUUAACAAUUUUCUUUAUUGCUGGAACAAGUUUUAACCAAGAUCAAGAUCAAAGUACUUCACUAAGUUAUAUAUGCAGCCAUUGCAAUGAGAGGUGAUGAUGAUUUGGCAUUAUAUUCUCAUCAGGAUGAAUUUUAUUUUAGAAAUUGUAAUACUUUGUGUGUCUGUGUGUGUUUUUUUUUUAUGUAUUAAAUUACAUAUUGAAUCAAUAUUUAUGUAUUAAAUUUAAAUUCAUUAAUUUUUAUAUUUAGUUUUGAAGUUUAAAUUUUAAUGGAAAA